AUGGGUGGGGCUGGAGACACGUGUUCCUUGCCGCACCCACGGGAAUCGUUUAUUUCUGGCCGGAAUUCUUUCGUAGGAAUUUCAAAAUAUAUCAUAGGAACUCAUAGGAUUGACGCACUAAUUAUAGGAAUAAAAAAAAUUCAGGGAAUCCAAUUAUUAGCCAUGGGUGGAGCUGGAGACACGUGUUCCCAGCUUAACCCACGAGAAUCGUUUAUUUGCGGCCGGAAUUCUUUCGUAGGAAUUCCGAAACCUAUCAUAGGAACUCAUAGGAAUGACGCACUAAUUAAAGGAAUAAAAAAAAUUCAGGGAAUCCAAUUAUUAGCCAUGGGUGUGGCUGGAGACACGUGUUCCAAGCCCCUCAGACGGGAAUCGUUUAUUUGCGGCCGGAAUUCUUUCGUAGGAAUUUCAAAACCUAUCAUAGGAACUCAUAGGAUUGACGUACUAAUUAUAGGAAUAAAAAAAAUUCAGGAAAACCAAUUAUUAGCCAUGGGAGGGGCUGGAGACACGUGUUCCCAGCCCCACCCACGGGAAUCGUUUAUUUGCGGCCGGAAUCUUUCGUAG